AUGCUGCUCAAUGUCUACAAGUCGUCUUCUCGCGAGCCACGAGAUAAAGUUGAUGUGCUGGCAGCGGAACGGAGAACGGCUGCUGAAAAUACCGAACUGCGCGCGCGUUUGAGCGAGUUGGAAAAGCUCACUCAGGGAGGCGAUGUGGGAACUGCAUUCCGCGUUUCUCGCCAGCAGGUGGAGGAACUGUCCCGUCAGUUGGAUUCAAAGAAGCAGGAUGAAGACGCUCUAAUCGCCGAGAUGGACUCAAUCGGCCAGUCCUUCCAAGAUAUGCAAGAGCAGAACUCGCGAUUGCUCCAACAGCUCAAUGAAAAGGACGAUGCCAAUUUCCAAUUGAUGUCUGAGCGCUUGAAGGCAUCACAAUUGCAGCAAAUGCUGCGCGAUGAGAAAGACAUUAUCGAGGGCAAAAUGGCGGCCAUGCAAGCUCAAGUGGAGGCCCAAAACGAGUUGUUGAAAAAGUUUGAGGAGCGCGAACGUGCCAUUCAUGAACAACUCGACGUUGCCGAGAAGGAUGGUUUGCUCAAGAUUCAACUAAUUGAAGGAUUCAAGCGCAAGGCCGUCGACCUGAGUGCUGAGGUUCAGCAAAAUAACGCCGUGCUCGAGCGGUUGAAAGAGGCUCAUGACAAGCUCGAAGAGGCACUUCGUGUCAAGACCGAGCAAGCCGAGACGCUCGCCAACAAGGAGCUCAAGCUCGUUGAUGAGAAUAACUACUUGCAAGCCAAAAUUGGCAAAUCCAAGAAACUGGAGCUCAAAGAUAAAACCAAGAUAUCCGACAAGUCUGAGAGUCAGCAAUAUCGCCAACUCAUCUUUUGCCCAAUCUGCCGCACAAACGUCAAGGACACUGUCAUGCUGCGAUGCUUCCAUUCGUUCUGCAACGAAUGCGUACAGAAGCGGUAUGACACGCGUCAGCGCGCUUGCCCAACUUGCGCAAAGCAGUUUGGUGCGAAUGAUUUCCAGCGGUUCUAUUUGUAA